AUGGGUAGCAAAGUAAGGACCAAUACCAGAGAGGCGCAAGCGGAAAUACAGGGAGCUCCAGAACUCUACAUCCGAGCAGGUUCUCUGCUAAGACUUGUCUGCACUUUAAAACAUUCUACAGAACCUCCUGCUUUUGUCUUCUGGUUCCAUGAACAGAGAAUGAUCAACUAUGAUCAGGGAAUUUCUGUGGUGGAAAGCAGAAGCUCUAGCAUACUACAUCUGCAAGAUGCGGAUAAAAGUCAUAACGGAAACUACACUUGUAGUCCUAGUAAUGCAGUUCCAGCUUCCAUCAAUGUCCAUGUCUUAAAUGCAACUGCGGAGGCGCAAGCGGAAAUACAGGGAGCUCCAGAACUCUACAUCCGAGCAGGUUCUCUGCUAAGACUUGUCUGCACUUUAAAACAUUCUACAGAACCUCCUGCUUUUGUCUUCUGGUUCCAUGAACAGAGAAUGAUCAACUAUGAUCAGGGAAUUUCUGUGGUGGAAAGCAGAAGCUCUAGCAUACUACAUCUGCAAGAUGCGGAUAAAAGUCAUAACGGAAACUACACUUGUAGUCCUAGUAAUGCAGUUCCAGCUUCCAUCAAUGUCCAUGUCUUAAAUGCAACUGCGGAAGAAAAGCCGGCAGCGAUGCAACACGCUAACUCUUCGAGAAGCUCUAGUUCAUCGUUCCUGCUGCAGUGCAGCUUGUUAAUAGCGAUAAUGACUUCAGCUUUAACGACUACGUCGUGAUGUAAAUAAUAAAUAAGGAUCAGAUGCAGAAACUCGCUGUCAGAAUACUGAUUUCCCAUGGGACAGAUUUUAUGCGGAAAUUCCGUUACCUCUGGAUUAUAACUUAAUAAAAUUGAUCACGUCAUGAA